AUGCGCGAAAAACAGCUAAUCAUCGAAGCACUGGACGAUUGGGAUGUUUUGACACCAACUUGGUUCGAGGUUGCCGACUACCUGAGUGUUAUCGAAGGUCUUCAUGAGAACGAGAAUUUCAGUGAACGCCAUCGAGCUGCUCUACUUGCUUCGAAGGUUGCCUACUGCUUGGGUGAUUACAAUGGCGCACUCAAUCUUGCAUUAGCUGCUGAGGAUAAGUUCCAACUUACGCCACGACCAUCAUCUGUUCUUGUUGGCUCACAAGAUGAACAGUAUGUGAACAAAAUAAUCGAGCAUGCGCUGGAUACGUACAAAAAAGCGAAACGAAAUGAGGAUACGAUCGAUCCACGCCUUGAGCGACUGAUCAAUCGGCUGUUCGAGCGAAACAUGAAACGACGUGAAUUGAGAUAUGUAAUUGGAUUGGCACUGGAUACACGUAGAACAGAUAUGAUUAUGGCCGCUUUUAAGGCAUCCGAUGAUCAGGCAACACUGUUAACCGAAACGGUGGCCAAAGUACUGGAGUCUCAAAUGGAUCGUGCAUUCCGGAGUAUCGUGCUGGAUUUGUUGUUUCGUUUAUUCGCUGAAUUGGAUGAGCCGGAUUUCGUGUCGAUGUGCCAGUGUUUGAUAAAGCUUGAAAAGCCAGAUGAUGUAGCCGAAAUUCUGCAACGACUAGUUUCCACGAAGGUAAUUUUUUGA